GCACAGAGAGUGAAUCCGCUGUAAAACGAGAAACUAUUGCCUGUGUUGGGUGCCUCAGCCGUUUAUAUGGUGGUACUCUGAGCCUAUAAGAAUCAGCAGCCAUUGGGUAUCUUCUCAUGUGAAGACCCUCACCGUCUUCCCCCCAUAUCCGCUUCUCCGUUGACCCUUUUUGCCCCACCCUCUCUCCCAAGUCCCGUUCCCCAUCCUUCUCUCCACAUUCUUUACUCCCGCCACCAUCCCCAGCCUGCGCCCAACCAAUCCCGGCGCUUGGACUCCCUCGCUGCUUCUCGUGCCACCCCUCCGCCACCGAGACUCGACCGCUGGCGCCGGCUUUGCCGCCACCCUGGUACCAUUUUGUUCAUUCUCUAUGCCUUUAUCAAGACAAAUAUGUGGACUUUCGACUCAACUGUUGAAUGUCUGCAUAGCUUCCCUGUGUAAAGCUAGGAAUUUGGAGAAAGCCGAGGCUGUUUUAAUCGACGGUAUAAGACUUGGAUGUAUUCCAGAUGUUGUAACAUAUAAUACAUUGAUCACGGCAUAUUGCCGCUUUGUUGGGAUGGAUGAAGCAUACUCGAUUCUUUAUAGAAUGAGAGAGGUAGGCAUAAAACCUGAUGUAAUUACUUACAAUUCUUUAAUUGCUGGGGCUACUCGGUAUUGCCUUCCGUCACGUGCGCUGGAGCUGUUUGAUGAAAUGUUGCAGAUUGGACUUGCUCCUGAUGAAUGGAGCUAUAACACUCUAAUGCACUGUUUGUUUAAAACUGGAUAUCCGGAGGAGGCCUACAAGAUUUAUUUGGAUAUGAUUUUGAAAAAUAUCACUCCUUCAUCGGCUACAUAUAAUACUUUAAUAAAUGGUUUGUGCAAGAUGGGAAAGGCGGUGUAUGCUGUGAGACUGUUUAGAAACUUGCAAAAGUUGGGGUUUUCUGCAGGGCUGGUGACAUAUAAUACAAUUAUAGAUGGGCUCUGUAAAUGUGGCAGGAUAGAUCAAGCAAGAAGGAUUCUCAAGGAACUUGGAGAAUCAGGUUGUGCUCCAAAUGUCAUUACUUAUACGACAGUUAUGAAGUGCUGCUUUAGAUGCGGAAAAUUUGAGCAAGGAUUUGAGAUUUUUUAUGAAAUGAUGAACAAAGGGUACAAUUCAGAUGUCUUUGCCUAUUGUACAGUAAUCAGCACAUUGACCAAGAAAGGUAUGCUUACAGAUGCUAAUGCUUGUGUUGAACAAAUGCUGGGAAAUGGUAUUGGCCUUGAUAAAGCAUGUUAUAACACUCUACUUUAUCUGCUUUGCAGAGAAGGUAAGUUAGAAAUUGCAUUCCAGUUGCUGAAUGAGAUGGAAGAAGGUGGCCUUGAGGGUGAUGAAUAUACAUACUCUAUUUUGGUCAAUGGGUUGUGUAAAAUGGGUUACAUUGAUGCUGCCUUCAAGCAGUUGCGUUUGAUGGAGGUGAGGGACUUCAAGUCAAACUUGGUAGCUUAUAAUUGCUUGAUUGAUGGGUUGUGUAAGGUGGGAGAGGUGGAUUCUGCCAUGAAGUUAUUCAAUAAGAUGAAAUCCAAGGAUCCUUUCACAUACACAUCAUUGCUGCAUGGCCUAUGCAGGAAGGGUCGGUUUCGUGUGGCAUCCAAGCUCUUGCUGACUUGCUUAAGGGAAGGCAUGAAUGUUCUCAGAUCUGCCCAACGUGCUGUUAUUACUGGUCUUCAAAGUUCAGGAUUUAAAAGGGAUGCAGGGAAGCUCAGGACAGCAUUACGCCUGGCUCAGCUUUCGCAGUACUAACUGAGGGAAAAGAAACAAAAGUAUACAUUAUAUAUGAAAUUGCUCCAGAGAUAAACUCUCAAGAGGAUGAGAACAUGGCUGUUGCUCCUCUGCACCUUAAAGCUCGGGAGGCAUUGGUGAUAUACCUGCAUCUGUGUUGCAUGAAAUUCUUUGCAUGGAUUUGAUCUAACAACUCUCUUUGAUAGAGGAAGUAACCCUUGAAAAGACCAAGUGAUAGAGCAUCGAAUAGAGAACUUCUUACCUUAUGAACCUGAUUCAUCUACCAAAGGGGUCAAAUUUGCUUUGGAAUCUUUCCAGAAUGUUGUAUUUUUGCCUGCUUCCUAUACAAUUUGCUAUUCAAAUAUUUUGUAGAAACCCAGUUCCUGGUCCUGCAGCUGCUCUAGAUUCAGGUGACUAGCCUUAUCCACUCUUGGCCUUGGCAAAAUGUAACCUUAACAAACUUGGAGGCUCUAUGAGCUCCUAUUUCGGGGAAUGUGAGACAAAUCGCGCACUUUACAUCCAGACUUGAUCCACCACUGAAGGUGUUCUCCUAAGCUCAUAUUUGGAGAUUGUACAAGUAGGACCUAAUUUGGACAACUGGGUAGUUACAAGUUUGGUUGCGCAUAAGAGGGCACCAGAAGUCACUUCAGGUAUGGGGGAAGUCGCUUCAGGUGUUUGGUUGUUCCGAAGUGGCCUGUACUGAGUUCCCACUGUGAGAGGACCUGGGCUCAACAAUGCAGGAACUCUGGCUGGUAGGAAGCCAAAGUCACUUGGGCAAAGUGAGUUACACCAUCAACUUAUGAGAAACCAACAAGCAUUAGAUUGCAUCCAGAGAAUUCUAUGAAUACAGUCCAACGUGAAUCUGUAGCCUAGCUUUCUCUUGGCCUCGGGCAAUAUUUUCCCGGUCUGAAGACAACCUGCUUUGCUGCUUGCUUUACAGAUGCAAUGUUAGCUCCCUGCAGUCCGAAUGCAUGGCAGGAGAGAAGAAAACAUUGAGUAGCCCGAAGGAACCCGGAAGACAUGACAUGAUAAGCACCACUCCUUGCUUUGACACAAUUUCUCAUCUUGGUAAAGCUCAUAUUGAUAAGCGGGUUAGAAUAGUGGUCUAGUCUGUUGAAGUGUAUGCCCAUUGUCUACUUGUGUUCGUCAGGUAUAUAGACGACCAUUUGUAUGCUGGCCCUGGCUGUGUCCAAACCUGUGCAAAUUCUUGCUGGUUCUGUAAAACAGAUGCAGUCUGGUUGCGGUCACGAUUCUGUUGGAUGUGAUAGUGGUAGGUUGCAGUAUCUACGUUAGAAAAGACUUGUAUUAAUCUUGAAAGCCGUAUUAUCCUGUAGUGCUUCCUUCUGAAAAAUAUUAAAAGCCAAGAAACUUCUUGUGGCAAAA